AAGAAGUCGGGAGCGCGGGGCUCAGUCGGGGGGCGGCGGCGGCGGCGGCUCCGGGGAUGGCGGCGGCUCCACUGCUGCUGCUGCUGCUGCUUGUGCCCGUGCCGCUGCUGCCGCUGCUGGCCCAAGGGCCCGGGGGGGCGCUGGGAAAUCGGCAUGCGGUGUACUGGAACAGCUCCAACCAGCACCUGCGGCGAGAGGGCUACACGGUGCAGGUGAAUGUGAACGAUUAUCUGGAUAUUUACUGCCCGCACUACAACAGCUCAGGGGUGGGCCCGGGGGCGGGGCCGGGGCCCGGAGGCGGGGCGGAGCAGUACGUGCUGUAUAUGGUGAGCCGGGCAGGCUACCGCACCUGCAACGCCACCCAAGGCUUCAAGCGCUGGGAGUGCAACCGACCGCACGCUCCCCACAGCCCCAUCAAGUUCUCGGAGAAGUUCCAGCGCUACAGCGCCUUCUCUCUGGGCUACGAGUUCCACGCGGGCCACGAGUACUACUACAUCUCCACGCCCACCCACAAUCUGCACUGGAAGUGUCUGAGGAUGAAGGUGUUCGUCUGCUGCGCCUCCACAUCGCACUCCGGGGAGAAGCCGGUCCCCACUCUCCCCCAGUUCACCAUGGGCCCCAAUGUGAAGAUCAACGUGCUGGAAGACUUUGAGGGAGAGAACCCCCAGGUGCCCAAGCUUGAGAAGAGCAUCAGCGGGACCAGCCCCAAGCGGGAACACCUGCCCCUGGCAGUGGGCAUCGCCUUCUUCCUUAUGACACUCUUGGCCUCCUAG